AUGACGCCGCCCGUGUCGCUGCUCGUGGAGAAGCCGAGCAUCGCCCAGUUCAACCCGCCGAAGCGGCUCCUCAUGGGCCCCGGCCCCGGCAACGCGCACCCGCGCGUCCACGCGGCCAUGUCGCUGCCGCAGGUGGGCCACAUGGACGGCGCGUUCCUCGCGGCCGCCGAGGAAAUCAAGACGCUGCUUCGCUACGCGUGGCAGACGAAGAACGCGUUCACGGUGCCGUGCAGCGGCACGGGCUCCGCGGCGUGGGAGGCGGCCGUCGCGAACCUGACGUCGCCGGGCGACACGCACCUCGUGCUCGUCAACGGCUACUUCGGCCUGCGCCACUGCGACAUGGCGAGCCGCUACGGCGCGAACAUCGUCAAGCUGGAGAAGCCCUGGGGCGAGGUCUUCUCCGACGACGAGGUCGCGGCGGCGUUGGCGGAGCACAAGCCGGACACGCUCUGGGUCGCCCACGCGGAGACGUCGACGGGCGCGUGCCAGCCCAUGGCGAAUUUGGGCGAAAUGUGCCGCGACCACGACUGCCUCCUCAUGGCCGACACGGUCACGUCCAUCGGCGGGCUGCCCGUGAAGCUCGACGAGUGGGGCGUCGACGCGUGCUACGCGGGCGGCCAGAAGGCGCUGAGCUGCCCGCCGGGCAUCGCGCCGCUGACCUUCGGGGACCGCGCGCUGCGGAAGAUGGACGAGCGCCAGGCGCGGGGCGAGGUCACGGCGAACUGGUACCUCGACAUGAACAUGAUCAAGCAGUACCUCGUCGUCAACGACUUCGGCGUGCCCCGCGUCUACCACCACACGGCGCCCAUCUCCAUGGCCUACGCGCUCCGCGAGGCGCUGACGAUCCUCGCGGAGGAGGGGCUCGAGGCGUCGUGGGCGCGGCACCGCGCGUCGGCCGAGUUCUUCUGGGACGAGCUCGAGAAGAUCGGCCUCGAGUGCCACGUGCCCUGGGAGCACCGGCUCCCGACGCUCACGACGGUCAAGAUCCCCGAGGGCGUCGACGGCGGCAAGGUCGUCACCUUCCUCCGCGAGAACUACAACAUCGAGAUCGCCGGCGGGCUGGGCCAGCUCGCGGGCAAGGUCUGGCGCAUCGGCCUCAUGGGCUACAACUCGCGCAAGGAGAACGCGGCGCUCGUCUGCGCGGCGCUCCGCGACGCCCUCGACGCCCAGGGCUACUACCGCGCGCCGGGCCUCCUCUACAAGACGCGCGCGCACUUGCGGACCUCCUUCCACGGGAGCGCGUGA